AUGAUCGGCUGGGGGCUGCCCUCAUCAUCCGGCGCGACCGCGCUCGAGCAAACGGUGCAGCGCAUCACCCGCAUGCGCGACUAUCUUAGAGACAGCCACUACGUCCACGACCGCGACAUCGUCCUGAUCGUCGAUGGCGAGGAUAUCUUCUUCCAAUUGCCGCCACGGGUUUUGUUACAAAGAUUCCAAAAUAUCCUGCGGACCACCAACCAGAAACUGGCGAAGAAAUAUGGCUAUGCCGAAUUGCCGACAGAGGGCCCGGAUGCCCAACCCGAGCUGGUCCAGAAGUAUGAGCAGAGAGUUCUUUUCGGCGCUAGCAAGGAAUGCAUCCCCAGUCUGCACAACGACGCCGGCUGCGUGACGGUGCCACAGUCAUCUUUGCCUCCGGAUGUGUACGGAUGGAAAACAGACGAAAUCCACGACGGAACCCGCAAUCGGCCCCGGUGGCUGAACCCGGGCGCAGUCAUGGGCCAGGCUGCAGACGUGCGACUCAUUUACGACGAGAUGCUGCAGCAACUGGAGAGCCAGAGCAGUAAUAAAAUCGACGAGCACCAUAUCCUGACGCAGAUGUACGGGCGACAGGAAGUCGUGCGGGAGCUGGAGCGUCGCCGGACGACCAACCGCGCCAAGGACUGGCUCUAUCGCACGAUUGGCAUCUCGGACGGGGGCAAUGUCACCGGGGUGAGUGUCCGACUGGAGUCGGGCCACCGAUACGAGUAUGGGAUCGGAGUCGACUUCGAGUCACAAUUGUUCUUCAACCAGAUCCUGUCUCGCAACGACGUUGAUUGGGUUAAGUACAGCAACAUCAGCAGGAUGUCGACCCUACAGAUGGAACACAAAGUUCCGCGUGAGCAUCGUCUCCUGCUACCAACCGAACUGGCCGAAUGCGCCAGUCCAUUCGUCCAGACACGCUUCGCCAAGGACGAAGAGAUGGUCCCGGCCUAUAACGAGACCCUAGACAAACUUCCCGAUCCAAACGAGCGCUCCUGGGUCAACGUUCCACUCAUGACAAACCCGCACUCGGCCUCGAUUCCGGCACUGGUGCACCUGAACGGCGACAAGAAGUUGCGCGGCAUCUGGUGGGAGAAGAUGUGGUUCUUCCCCUGGGCCCGCGCCCUGCUUCGCAAAUACAUCCGCAACUCGCGUGGGUUCGACUCGGCGCAGUCGUCCCUGUUAGGCGGGCAGGACUGGUGGGAUACGCGCGGCGGCCGCGGCGGGAUCUGGACCGAUGAAGAGGAGUGGAUCCCGUUGUAUGAGGUGUGCCAGGGCCAGGAGCGCGAUCUUUUCGAUGAUGAUUUGGGGCCGUUCGGGAAGGAGAACGGUGAUCCGCUGAAGCCGAUCUACAAUCAGUUUGGAACUCUGAUCAAGGGGGAGAAGAAGAAACGCAAAAGGGCGUGA